AUGGCGAGUGUCGAGUUCCAUAACAAGUGGUCAGGAAAAGGCAUUAACACACAACUGCUCCACAUUGUAUUGAAUGUAAUGUCUGAAACACGCUGGGGAGACUGGGCAGCGAGCCAAGCACAUCCAGGCUCAGGGGCUUCAUGUGGAGAGAUGUAUCGCGUCUAA